GUUACGGCAGCAGUCACGUGCGGCCAUGCGGAAGUAGGGAGUCAUAAGACUCCUGUCUCGGUAAUUUUACUGUAUUUAGUCGAGUUGAAAAUGGCAUGGCUUUUCUUAGUUUAUGUCUUGUUGGGUGUACCUGUUGAUUCUGUUGACCCCCUGGUAAUUAAUACCUGGUCGUUUAGAAGUGCUUCAGAAGCAGCUUGGAAGACCUUACAAGAUGGAGGCUCAGCAGUCGAUGCUGUAGAAGAAGGCUGUGGGCAGUGUGAAAAGGAUCAGUGUGAUUUCACUGUCGGAUAUGGGGGAAGUCCAGAUGAACGGGGAGAGACUACCUUAGAUGCUAUGAUUAUGAAUGGCGACACUAUGGAAGUUGGAGCUGUUGCAGACUUAAGACGAAUUAAAAAUGCCAUUGGUGUUGCUCGAGCUGUAAUGGAACAUACAAUGCACACAUUAUUGGUAGGAGAGUCAGCUUCAAUAUUCGCCGAAAAUAUGGGUUUUCACAAUGAAGAUUUGACAACCAACCAUUCCAUGAGUGUCUAUUUAAAAUGGAUGAUUAACAACUGCCAGCCAAAUUUCUGGAAGACUAUCUCUCCCUACCCUACAAUGGCCUGUCAACCAUAUGCCCCUCAAAUCAGGUGGUGGGUGGCGGAGUCCCCAAGGGGGCACUUUGAUCCACACAGCCGGGACACCCUAGGCAUGGUUGUAAUACACAAGAGUGGACAAAUAGCUGCUGGAACUUCUACGAAUGGUUUGAAUCAUAAAGUGUCUGGACGUGUAGGUGAUUCUCCUAUAGUAGGAGCUGGAGCCUAUGCCGACAGCACGGCAGGAGGAGCAGCAGCCACUGGAGAUGGAGACAUCAUCAUGAGAUUUUUACCCAGUUUCCGAGCAGUGGAGUAUAUGAGAAUGGGAGAAGAUCCAACUGUUGCCUGUCAGAAAUCGAUUUCCCGCAUGAAAAAAUUUUACCCUGAAUAUUUUGGGGCUGUUAUUUGUGCCAAUACAACUGGAAGCUAUGGUGCUGCAUGUACGAAGACUGCAAAUUUACAUCAGUUCAACUUCAUGGUUUAUAGUGCCUCAGAACAUGGUCCUGUUGAAAAAGUUGUGGACUGCUUAUGAUAUGUAUUACAGUUGUGAAUUGUCAUGAAAUAACCACUUUAAGCCCACUCUGUUGCAGUGAAUUCAAGAAGAAGGAGAUGAAAAACUUGUGAAAUACUCCAGGUCAAAGCAGACAGACUACUGCAUCUUAAGAAUUAAAUUUGAUUUAUUGUUGUUCAAGUAUUUCUGCUUUGGACAGUGAAGUAACAAUACUUUAUCAGCAAAAAUAAUUUGUUUCUGCAAGAUGAUUUGCCAUGGUAUAGUUUUAAAGCUGCUUUUUUUCAGGUCUGUUGUAAAAAUAAAUAAAAAAAGUGCACACCAGUGUUGCCAUUUGAUUCACUGCCAGUUUCCCAGGGUGUAAAAGUCGCCAUUUAUGGACCAUGCCUCCAGCAACCAUGCCAUGUUUGAAAUAGCUGAACUGAAGCCUGACACUGCCUUUUUUGCAACCAUGGUCCAUUACUUAUUGUUUUAUACCAGGCAGGCAGAAGUUUAUACCUGACCAAUUAGUGGGAGUGUGCUGUGAAGGUUAAAUAACAGUCUGUUCUCAACAGAUGUUAGCACCGCUACCUCUUUCUGUAAUAAACAUGCAGUUGUACAAGAUUUGGUCAUGUCACUUUAUACACAACUCAGUGUAUUUCUUUUGGCCUGUUUUCAGGCAUACUCAUUGUUCCCAUAGCAAAAAAAUGCUUUAAAUGUUGUACUCCUAUCCAGAAAAAAAAUUGAAACCUUGCAUCAUUGUUCAGUGAUGAACUCAAACAAUGAUAGAAUAAGUGUCUAGAAACAGCAAGAUAUGAAAUGCACUUUAAAGUAGUACAAUUCAGUAGCAGUAAGUGAAAGCUUUAUAAAGGCAUUUUAAUCAUGGCUGCAGUGAAGCAUGUUGUACUGUUUUGUUGUACAACAUUGUGGUAAUUUUGGUGUAGUUUAUAUCUACAAGUUGUUCUUUAGUGCUGCAGUUUUGCACCAAUAUUUUUGCAGAAUUAUUUCUUUGGCAUCAUGGAAAUACAAAUAUUUCCACAUAAAAACAAUGAAGUGCAUGGAGCAUGCUGAUUACACAAUGAUAUUCAGAAAAAGACAAAUAAGUGCCAGAGUGGUGCGCAACCUGAUCUUAACAAAUGUUAAGCACUCCCUGCUUUUGCAGUUAAGGUCAGGUCUUGUGCCAUGCAGUAAAAUCUGCCUGUACUGACUAGCAAAUAGCAGCAGAAGUAAAAGAUUUUUCUUGCCUGCUGUCCAUAUCUGUAACAUAUCCCCAACUUCUCAAACAAACUCAGUUGCUAGAAUAACAGGAUGUAUUGGCAUCCAUUUCCUGAAGGAUACAAACCCUGAAACUUAAAUGGAUGUCAUUAUGUAGUGACUUCAGCCCUCAGUGGUUUGUCCGAAAACCACAGAUUUUGAGGAAAGACCAAAAAUAUGAAGCAAUAAUCUGGACAUCCUGCGAAAAUCUAGACAGUUGAGAGCUAUGAAAGGUGAAUGUAAACAUAAUGUGCUAUGUUACACUACCUCUUUGAUAGCACUCUCUAAUUGUUGUAUGGCUUUGAAAGCUGGGAAAUCGCUUGAGUUUUUUCCCCUGUAACUAUUAGUUCAUGGAGUAGAUAAAGCAAUACAAAUAAUUAUGAUAUGUUUGCCAAUCAUGACCUUAAAUUAUAUGUUCUCAACAUGAUUGUCAAGAUUUACCUCCCGAACUUCACUUGAAAGGUUAAUUUCUUGGCAUCCAUGCCUCGAACUGAAAAUAAGUGGGUUAUGAUUGGUGAACAGAUCAUAAUCCUCUGUUUUGCAUUGUUACCUAUGUGCUCAAGUGUUGCAGUAUUUUUCUUGCCUUUUUGAUUGAGUUGACAGCUAUAUGUAGGUGCUCCAAAAUACAGUACUGUGGCCUUGCGUAUAACUUGGUUACCUGAUUUUACUUGAAUGUAGCAAAAUGUUAAGCAGAAAAAGCAAUGUAGACUCUCAAGGAAAAUUUUAAGAAGAAUAAAAAACAUUAUUGAAGCAGUA